AUUAAGAGCAAAGUCCAGGAGCAGAGCAUUCAUUCCGUCCCGGAGGUGGUCAUGUUGGGAGGAUUAUACAGUAGUGAAGAAGACACUUCCCAGUUGUGCCUCCGCCUCACUCACUGAUACAUGAGAGACGCAAUGACCAGAAGAUCCUGGAACUCACCAACAAGAUCAUUCCGCUGCUGACUGGAGAGGUGACUGCUGGAGGGGGAAUAUAUAGAGGAACACAGGGGUCUGUACAAGGACGUGAUGAUGGAGAAUCACCGGCCCCUCACAUCACUGGAUGGACCCAAUAACAGAUACCCCAGAGAUAUGUCCCCGUCCUCUGUAUUCCCAGGAUUGUACAGAGGAGAAUCACAGGUUCCCACAGGAGCAUCAGAAGUUAAAGGAGAAGAGACGUAUGUGACUAAUAUGAAGGCAGAAGAUAUAGAGGGAGAAGAAAAGACGUAUGUGACUGAUAUGAAGGCAGAAGAUACGGAGGGAGAAGUAGAGACGUAUGUGACUGAUAUGAAGGCAGAAGAUAUAGAGGGAGAAGAAGAGACGUAUGUGACUGAUAUGAAGGCAGAAGAUACGGAGGGAGAAGUAGAGACGUAUGUGACUGAUAUGAAGGCAGAAGAUAUAGAGGGAGAAGAAGAGACGUAUGUGACUGAUAUGAAGGCAGAAGAUACGGAGGGAGAAGUAGAGACGUAUGUGACUGAUAUGAAGGCAGAAGAUAUAGAGGGAGAAGAAGAGACGUAUGUGACUGAUAUGAAGGCAGAAGAUACGGAGGGAGAAGUAGAGACGUCUGUGACUGAUAUGAAGGCAGAAGAUAUAGAGGGAGAAGAAGAGACGUAUGUGACUGAUAUGAAGGCAGAAGAUAUAGAGGGAAAAGAAGAGACGUAUGUGACUGAUAUGAAGGCAGACGAUAUAGAGGAAGAAGAAGAGACGUAUGUGACUGAUAUGAAGGCAGACGAUAUAGAGGAAGAAGAAGAGACGUAUGUGACUGAUAUGAAGGCAGACGAUAUAGAGGUAGAAGAAGAGACGUAUGUGACUGAUAUGAAGGCAGACGAUACAGAGAGAGAAGAAGAGACGUAUGUGAGGGGUGAUCAGCAGUGUAAGGAGGAAGAAAUCCCUACAGAUAUCAACUCAAUAGAUGGAGGCACAAGCGUGAAGACCUUUGAUGGAGAGUUAAUUUUAUCUCCAAAUUUUAAAGUACAAGAUAACAACACACAGGAUCCUCCAGGAGACAACCCCAUUACUCUAAAUAUACAUCCUGUACCUCUCAGCGCUGAUCUAUCAUCUGAACCCUCUAAUCAUGGGCAAUGUUCUCCCGAUGACUCAAAUUUUGUUACACAUAAUGCUGCUCUUACAGAUGAUUCAGUCUUUACCUAUUCUGAAUGUGGUAAAUGUUUUGUACAUCAGCCAGUAUUUGCUAGGCAUCAGAGAAGUCACACAGGCGAGAAACCAUUUCCAUGUUUUGAGUGUGGGAAAUAUUUUACACAGAAAUCAGUUCUUAUUAGACAUCAGAGAAUACACACAGGUUAUAAGCCAUUUUCAUGUACUGUGUGUGGGAAAUGUUAUUCUCAGAAAUCAGAACUUGUUCUACACCAGAGAACUCACACAGGUGAGAAAUUAUUUCCAUGUUCAGAAUGUGAGAAGUGUUUUAUACGAAAAUCGCAUCUUGUUAAACAUCAGGUAUGUCAUACAGGUGAGAGGCCAUUUCCAUGUUCUGAGUGUGGGAAAUGUUUUACACAGAAAUCAUAUCUUGGUACCCAUCAGAGGAGUCACACAGGUGAGAGACCAUUUCCAUGUCCAGAAUGUGGGAAGCGUUUUAUACGGAAUUCACAUCUUGUUACACAUCAGAGAAGUCACACAGGUGAGAGGCCAUUUCCAUGUUCAGAGUGUGGGAAAUGUUUUACACAGAAAUCAUAUCUUGUUAACCAUCAGAGGAGACACACAGGGGAGAAACCAUUUCCAUGUUCUGAGUGUGGGAAAUGUUUUACACAGAAAUCAGUUCUUACUAGACAUCAGAGAAUUCACACAGGUUAUAAGACCUUUCCAUGUACUGUGUGUGGGAAAUGUUAUUCUCAGGAAUCAGAGCUUGUUCUACACCAGAGAACUCACACAGGUGAGAAAUCAUUUCCAUGUACAGAAUGUGGGAAGUGUUUUAUACGGAAAUCGCAUCUUGUUGAACAUCAGGUAUGUCAUACAGGUGAGAGGCCAUUUCCAUGCUCUGAGUGUUGGAAAUGUUUUUCAUAUAAAUCAGCUCUUGUUACCCAUCAGAGGAGUCACACAGGUGAGAGACCAUAUCCAUGUCCAGAAUGUGGGAAGUGUUUUAUACGGAAAUCACAUCUUGUUACACAUCAGAGAAGUCACACUGGAGAGAAACCAUUUCCAUGCUCUGAGUGUGGGAAAUGUUUUUCACUGAGAUCAGCUCUUGUUAAACAUGUGAGUAGUCAUACAGGUGUGUAACUAUUUCCAUGUACUGAGGCCCUGAUUUGGCUUUACAUGCAAACUAUGGUUUUAAUACAAGUCUGCAUUAUCUGGCAAAGACUUCCUGGACCUGGCUAUCUGAUACGAUGGCUGAGUAAGGUACGUUUUAUGCAGACUGGCCAAGGUCUGCUACCAUUGUGAGAUGCAAUAUUGAUCAGAGGCUUCUUCCUCAGACGCAGCCCUCUGAUCUCACAGAUAUGUGUAGGAGCCAUCUGUGUCCUACAGAUAGCAGCCGCUUCCCUACAUCUGUGCAGUUACUUUGUAUAGCGCCCCUGGGGUUGGUUCUGUACUGGACUGUGUGACAGUGUUUCUUAUUAGAGUAAUUGUAAAAAAUAACAACAACGGUAAAAGUUAUUAUACCCUCAGGGGGUGUGAGCAAAUUUUACCUAUUGGUGGUGCUUCCAGAGUCCGUAUUAUCAGUCAGUUUCCUGUGUCUGCAAUUACAGUUUGAAAUCAGGCCCUGAGUGCCCGAAAUACUAUACACUGAAAUCAUACCUUGUUACACGUCAGAAAAUCCACACAAUGAGAUCUGAGUGGCAUGUGGUGAUGUAUGGGUAGUAUAAUUGUAUAUAUGAGAGGAAUGCAUAGGACUGAUUGGCAUUUGUGGAGCUUUACAGUACUUGUGAGAUCUGAAGGAGUAUUUUAUGGCAUUUUGGAGCAAGUGAGGCCAAUUUCUUUUAUGACCCCCCCCCCCCCCCCCCACACACACACAAACUGAAAUUAAGAACAAUGGGCGCAAUUGAGACCUGAUCGCUCACUAGGGGAUUUUUGCACUGCUGAGAUAAGAUAGUUGCCGCCGAUAGGGAAGUGUAUUUUUGCUUUGCAAGUGUGCGAUCGCAUGUGCAGCCGGGUGGUACAAAAAAAUAGUAUGUGCAGUUUCUGCGUAGUUUAGAAUUUACUCAGCCCUUGCGAACACUUCAGCCUGUCCAGUCCCGGAAUUGACGUCAGACACCCGACCUGCAAACACUUGGACACGCCUGCGUUUUUCCAAACACUCCCAGAAAACGGUCAGUUGACACUCAGAAAUGCCUUCAUCCUGUCACUCUCCUUGCAAUCGGCUGUGCCAGUGGAUUCUUCGUAAAACCCAUCACACAGCAACAAUCUGCUUUGUACCCGUGCGAUGCGCCUGCACAUUGCGGUGCAUGCGCAAUUCAGGCCUGAUUGCUGUGCAGCGAAAACACCUAGCGUGUGAUCAGGUCUGAAUUAGGCCCAAUGUGUGUUCCUUUUGGAUGUCAGGGCUGCAUUUAUGCCUUUUUAAGCAGGAAGCUGAUUACAGAGAUAGUGUAUGUAGAAAGUUAAUUUGAAAAAUUGAGAUAGUCAUGAUAAAGUCUAGGUAAAGCUUAUGCCUAUCAGGUGUAACAUUAGACCCACCUUUCUAAUAUUGUGUAUGUCCCUGUUGUGCCGCCAUAUCAGCACUGACACAUCGAGGCAUGGACUCCACACGACCUCUGAAGGUGUUCUGUGGUAUCUGGCAUCAAGGUGUUAGCAUCAGAUCCUUAAAGCCCUGUGCUGGAGCCAUGGAGGUGAGACCUCCAUGACCCCAGCACACCCCCAGACACAGGAUCGGACUGACCUGGGGAAUUUGAAGGCCAGGUCGCCACCUUGAUCUCUUUUCAUGUUCCUCAAAACAUUCCCGAACAAUUUGUACAGUAUGGCAUGGUGCAUUAUUCUGCUGAGAGAGGUUACUGCCAUCAGGGAACUGUUAUCAUGUAGAGGUGUACUCUGUAUGCUACAAUAUUUAGGCAGGCGAUAAGUUUCAAGGUAACAUCCUCAUGAAUGGCUAGAACCAAGGUCUCCCAGCAGAACAUUGCCAGAGCAUCAAGCUGCGUCCACUGGCUUGCCUUCCCAUGCUGGUGCCACGAUGCACAUGCACCCGGUUGUUCAUGUGAUGUAUAAGAAAGGGACUCAUCCGCCGCUCACAGGCCCAAUGUAGGAGCUUCUCUGUGAUGGGUACAGACAGGCUUUCACUCUGUCACCACUUUAUAAGUUGUCCUUCCUUGCACCGCUUCUUGUAGGCACUAAACACUGCAUACCAGGAGCAACCUACAACAUCUGCUGUUCUGGAGAUGCUCUGACCCAGCUGUCCAGCCAUCACAAUGUGGCCCUUGUCAGUGUCGCUCAUGUCUUUACACUUGCCCAAUUUUUCCUGCUUCUAACAAAUCACCUUUAGAUACAGAGUGUUCUCAUGCUGUCUAAUAUAUCCCUUUCCCUGACAGUACGCAUUGUAAUGAGAUAAUCAGUGUCACAUCAUCUGUCAGUGGUGUUAAUGUUAUGGCUGAUCAGUGUAUACAUCUGUAAAUCAGUAAAUGCUUUAAAAUAAAACAAUC